AUGGAGCCUGCUACUCAAGGAACCGGACAGCAGGGCCGGCAGCAGCAACCUGUGUAUGACAUCAGGAACGGUGGCCACUAUGCGGCCAAAUUGAAGCGCGCCUGUCGGGCGCGUGUCGUUUCACGGGUUCCGCUGUCGCACUUUCAUGUGGAGCUUUCAUUGACAGACUCGCAGGUGCAAGUGCAACGCUCUCCGCCCAAGGAUAUGCCCCUGUUGCUGAGUUGUACACUGGUGAAUCAAGGUCUCCAAGGCACGGCCCGCGAUAUCCUGACGACCUACUGGCAGCACGUUAUCAACCAUUUGGAAUCAGACAAUCACGAUUAUAAGAUUCAUCAGUUGCCGCUUGCCCGGAUCAAGAAAGUGAUGAAAGCGGACCCGGAGGUCAAGAUGAUUUCCGCAGAGGCCCCAAUUCUCUUUGCCAAGGGUUGCGAUAUCUUCAUCACCGAGCUGACGAUGCGCGCAUGGAUUCACGCUGAAGAUAACAAGCGCCGUACCCUGCAGCGCUCUGACAUUGCUGCGGCUCUUUCAAAGUCGGACAUGUUCGACUUCCUGAUCGAUAUCACCGCUGGAACGGCCCCAGGACCUUCCGCUACGCCUGGCCAGAUGCCCACCCAACAUGGAGUUCAACCACAUAUGGGUCCUGCAGAUUAUGGCUCCCUUGGACAGCAUGGUCUCCCACAGGAACAGGAAUAUCGUCCCCAGCCCGCCAUGUACCCAGGCGCGGUUCAAUCAGACCCGACGGCCUCAUACGGCCAACCCCCAAACCAAAUGUUCGAGGGCAUGUACGCCUAUCCCCAUCUUCCCCCUCAGCAGUGA